UCUAGACUUACUAUACGAAAAUGGUGGCACAUAAGUAGAUGUAGAAGAAAAUCCUAUGCAUUUUCCUGAAAGAAAAAUUUAAAAAGAAGAUGAACGUUGCCAUUCUUUUCCUCCUGUUCACAGCCAGCUUUAUAUGUGUUAAUGCAACUAUAUGUGUGCCGUGUGGAACGUACGAUUGCAAUAACAAAACUGAAAUAGAAUGUCCUGUUGGUGUCGUGUAUGACGCCUGCUUUUGUUGUGCCGUUUGUGGAAAGGACAAGAACGAAUCAUGUGGAGGAUAUAAUUAUUCGGAAGGUGGAUGCGGAAGAGGUCUUUAUUGUCAUACAGCAAAUGGAUCACCAGCAACAACUGUUGGAACCUUGUGGAUGCACUCAGAUGUUUACUGUGCAGAACGUACGAGUAACAAAAGUAAAGAUGAAUGUCCUUCUGGCCUUGUCACUGAUAUCUGCGAUUGCUGUCUCGUUUGUGGAAAAAGUGAAGAUGAAGAUUGUGAAGGAUUUGGGAAUCAAUUGGGAACAUGUGAAAAUGAACUUUACUGUGAAAAAGCGAGCGAAAUUUCAUACAGUCCUGGAAUUUUUAAAAUAAUCUAA